GAUAUGCCUGUUAGACUUGCUGUGCGCAUGUCCAUGUCUAUUCCAGGCAUGUUUCAGGUGGUGAAGUAUAACCACUGUCCCCACUUACGACCCAACAUGUAUAUCGAUGGAGGGGUUCUGUGUAACUACCCGAUUCACUGCUUCGAUGGCUGGUGGUUGUCUAUGAAGCCAGAAGAUACCUUUAUUCAUAGGAUGUGUGAUGGUCAACAACUUCCUGUUAUUCUUAGUAAGGCAUGCAGAUUUGGAAAGAAGUCAGAUAAAACCCUUGGAUUUCUUGUGUAUUCCGAGACUGAAGCCGACAGCUUUCGGUUUUAUCUUGAGAACAGAACACCAGUGCAGGCCCGCUCAAACUCUCAGCUUAACAGGAGACGAAGAGCAGAACUGCUGGAGAAAGCCAGAGAAAGGAAACGGAUUGGGGCUGCUGUCAGCCGUUUAUUACCACUUUUGGACAAAUACGAUGAGAGUCAUGACGGGAAGAUUGAUUACCAGGAGUUCCAAAAAGUAUAUGACCACUUUUCAGACGAAGAUAAACAGACAUUGUUUGCUGAGAAUGCUAGAUGCCAGGACAUAUUUAAAAGGCUAGACAGAAACGGCAAUGGUCAGGUCACUCUCCAGGAAAUAGCACGAUUCGUGGAACAGAGAGGUCUUGCUGUUAACCAACGAUACCUAGGAUACAAACGACAGGAUGUCACCAGCAUCGUGUCAUAUGCCUCCACCAUAUUUAAUACCAUGCUCCUUAAUCUCAAGCGCUUGUAUAUGGAGUAUGAUGACCUUGAGCGGACAGUAGGCAUAAAUACGGGACACGUUGAAACUGCGGACUUCGAACUUGAAGAAGAAGAUAUCGCCUUUAUGUUGGAGCAAGGAAGAAUUGCAACCAUUGAUUUUCUUAAAAUGUAUGUGGCGAAGAAAAUGAAAAACGAAGAAAAGGAGGUAGCCAAAGAGAUUGCAAAGCGAGUGAUAGCCGUUUGUGACGAGUCUUCUCCUACUGCAGCUAUCAGACGUUGGGUGAAGGGAUUCAGGUGUGGCAGGGAGUUCGAAAGAUGGUUCCCGGCCGGAACGGCCAUCCACCAGUAA